AUGGUCAGACCUGAAUAUAGUUCGCCUCCCGAAUUUUUUUAUAAUGAAGAAGAAGCAAAAAAAUAUGUUAGAAACUCUCGAAUAAGAGAUAUCCAAAGUCAAAUGACAGAAAGAGCUAUGGAGUUACUUCUUCUUCCAGAUUCCCCAUGUUUAUUAUUAGAUAUUGGUUGUGGAUCGGGAAUAAGUGGGAUGACAUUAAACGAAUUAGAUCAUUUUUGGAUUGGCAUAGAUAUAAGUAUUCAUAUGCUACAUGUAGGAUUGCAAAAUGAAGCACAUUUAGGAGGAGAUAUGCUUUUAGCUGAUAUGGGAAAAUUGAUGCGAUUUCAACCUUGUAUUUUUGAUGGUGUAGUCAGCAUAUCAGCAUUGCAGUGGCUAUGUAAUUGGGACAAGAAAGAUGAAAGUCCCGUGUCAAGAAUUAGUACAUUUUUUAAGUGGUUAUAUAACUGUUUAAAAAGAGGAGCAAGAGCAGUAUUUCAAUUUUACCCCGAUUCUCCAGAACAAAUUAAGACAUUAACCAACUUCGCCAUGAAGGCAGGAUUUGGUGGUGGUGUUGUGGUUGAUUUUCCAAAUUCAGCUAAAUCAAAAAAAUAUUACUUAUGUCUGUGGGCAGGAUCAUCAUUAGUUGCAACAAUGCCAACCGCUUUAAAUGAUGAAGAAGAAAAUAUAAUUUCCCACGAGAGAAGAAAGUUUAAUAAAAAAACAAAAAAACAAAUUAAGAAAAAUAAAGAAUGGAUAUUGAAGAAAAAAGACCAGAGGAGAAUGAAGGGUUUGGAUGUUAAACGAGAUAGUAAAUACACAGGCAGGAAAAGAAAAGGAAGAUUUUAA